UACUAGGUAUCAAACAUUGACACGUUACUAAAUCGUUUUCUUUUAGAAGAUUGGCAACUAUUAGUAUUACUUACAAGUAAUUAGUUAGUUACAUGCCGAUGCGUGUGCUGAGCAAAGGUUUAGACCAAGAUUGGCAAGAAUCUGAGACCUUCCGUAAUACCUAUCGCUGCACCCGCACACACACGCGGCGAGAGAUCUGAAUCUGAGAGUCACGUCAGAGAGUCUCCAUCCCUUCUUGCCUUAGUACUACUCCAGUGUCAGUGAUAGCAAUUACUGAAAUAGCUCAUGUCGAUAUAACGUUAGCAGCCUCGAUCUUGGACCUUUCGCUAACUAACUGGAGGAAUUUGUUCUGAAAUUUGUGAACUAACAUUACUUCAAGUGGUGCUGCCAACGCUGAUUAUUUUGCAAUCUCGCACACGCCCAGGCCACGCGUUGUUCAUUGCCGUGCCGGCUGGGUAGAAGGGUCCGUGAGCCCAGCGACGUUUGGCCAUCCUUGAUCAGUGUCACGGUUGUCGUGAAGUCUAGUGCAUGUACUGCAAUAGACGACGAUGAGCAGUAUAAACCCAGGCGCAGGCGGCGGUGCCAAGCCCAGACGAUCGCUCCCAAACGCUGAUGGUGAUGUAGAUGCAGAUGCCACGACAGCAGCAGCAGAACCCGGUCCCAAUCAAGAACUUCAAGAUCAAACUGCCAGAAUGCGCAUGCAAGUGGAGACGCUGAGGAAGAAAUGCGCGGAACUUCAAAAGAUCAACCUGGAAUUGCAAGAGGAGUCGCAGAAGAUACGUGUGGAAAGUGGUGAGCUAAUGUCGUACAUUCAGAAGAAGACACAGCGCCGGCAGUCAAUGGUGGUGACAUUGAAUGACAAGAACAUGAAAGAGCUAGCAGACAUUGCUGAGUCCAAGACACAGAUGAUAGAGGAAUUCUAUAUGAAAGAAGCCGCGAUACGAGCUUCAAUCAUGGCCAAGGAGUCAACACUGUCGGACAUCCGAAAAGAGAUGGAUGAACUCAACUACUUGAGGGUGUUAAGAGACCACCAAGCUAAGGAGAUCAAGGAUUUGGAGGCUGAAGUGGAAGCUGUCAAGCUGGGAAACAAGGAGCAGCAGCAUGACAUGAAGCAUGCGUACUUGCAGAAGAGGAAAGUCUUCGAGGACGAGGCCGAAGAGAAAAUCACGAAAAUGAAGCAGGAGGCGAAGCAG